CAAACCCCAUCGUCACAACGGCGCCAAGAAAACCAGCCACCAUCCGGCGACGCCAUGAAGCACCUCCUCCUGGCCUCCCCGCUCCCUCUCCUCGCCCACGGCUCCGCCUCCAAGCCCGUCCUCCUCCACAUCCGCCACCGCCGCUGCCACGUCCCCUGCAGCGCCGCACCCGAUGGCAACUCCGGCGAAACCUCCACGGCCGCAUCCGAGCCCGCCACGGACACCCAGCCCAAGCCACCCUCCAGCUCCAGCCCCAGCAGCGUCAAGAACCGUCUCGCCGCCAGGAACCAGGCCCGCCGCGCCCCCGAGAUGGUGUACCUGCCGCCGGUGGAGGUGAGGAUGAUGCGGGGCAAGACGAAGCCGAAGGCCUCCGAGUCGGCGGCGCCGAGGAGGGAGAAGCAGCGGAAGAAGAAGGGCUGGGACGAGAUGAGCCUGCCCGAGAAGGCCGUGGAGCUGUACGUCGGCGAGAAGGGCGCCCUCUUCUGGCUCAACAAGUUCGCCUACGCCUCCAUCUUCAUCAUGGCCGGCGCCUGGAUCCUCUUCCGCUUCGUCGGGCCCCUCACCGGCCUCUACCAGCUCGACGCGCCGCCGCUGGCGCCCACCGACGUCUUGCGUGGCUCGUAGUGAGAGCG